AUGGCGAAUGUGAUUGGCGGUGGGCCACGGAAGCCGCCGAGAAUAAUUGCGCGGAAAAAUCCGGUCAAAAAAGAGUUGAAACCAAAUCUAAAUACUCAACGGAACUAUGAGUUGGAUAAACUGCGAUCUGCAGGAUUCGAGGUGCAAUCCGGAAUGUUGACAGUGAAUCCGAAUGCAAUUUUCAUACCCAAAGAAUUGCCAGGAAUCGCAAAUGAAGUUGAAUCUUAUCCUUGUAGAUAUUGUGUUGAACGAGUGUUUUUGACGAGUUCAGGAUUGGAAAAACACGCGAAAGAGCAUCAUCCAAAUGAAAUUGAUGUUGUGAUGAGUGAGAUUUUGAUGAUUAGCGCGGAAUGGAAGAAAAGAGAAUUCGAGAAAAUACGAUCAAAAGAAAGACAAACUAUUGAUCGAAUGAGACACGAAGCAAGAGCGACAGAAAUGAUUCGAGCAUCAAUGAAUGCUGAAAAUCCAAUAGAAAAUGAUAGUCACGCGGAUAGUUAUGAAGCAUGUAAUAUUUGUAAUGUUUUGAUAAAUGCAGCACAUCCAACUGCAAUGGAAUCACAUCAAAGAGCACAUAAAAAGAAUGACGAAUUAAGAAUGCAAUUAUUGGAACAAUAUGGAGUUGAAAUUGUGCAAAGAUUGACUUGUGAUUCGUGUAGUUUGGUAUUUAUGGAUGAAAAUAAAUUGAGAGGACAUAUUCAAUCACAUCAUAUGAGAAAAAAACGGUAAAUAUUUUUGUAUUUUAUGAGGAUCCUUCAAGAAAAUCAUGAUAUGCUUAUCACAAAUCAGAACAUAACAUUUUUUAAUUUUUUCAAACAAAGCUCCGGAAAAUUUUGAAAGUUUGAUUCGAAUUUCUUAAAUUGUUGAAUUUCUAGCCUUGUUUUUGAAAUUUUACGAAGCUUCAUUUCUCAUAAGAUUCGAAAUUUGUAAAUUUUCCCACGUCAUCAUCACUCACAACAAAAUUGACUCUGAAAUUUUUGCGCCAAAACCUACUCAGAAAACGUCUCGUCAACCGUCCGCGAGCCGGCAGACGGCCGUCGAAUUCUGAUACUAAUUUGUCAGUUUGCUAGCUCGCAGACAGCGCCUGCUAGGUUCUGCCAGCUAGCAACCUCGCGGCGAGCUGUCGAAAUGCCUCUGCUAGCUUUCGACAGCUCGCAACCUCGCGGACGGCUGACGAGACGUUUUCUGAGUAUGAUUUGGGUAUUUCAAAAAAUCAUGCAUUUUUAACGUUGCCACGUCAUAUCUUCAUUUUAGAUAUAUAAAUUUCAAAGACUUAUAAAAAUAACUUAUCACAGUCAAAUUCUAUAAUUUUUGCAGCUAUAUUUGUAAAUUCUGCGGAAACAUUUCUCAAAGUCUCAUGGAACUCAAUCUGCAUAAAACCGAUGUUCAUAAUGUUGUCCUAAAUUCUCGCGCAUAUGUAAAUGAUCAAUGGAAUGCGAUUCCUGAUUAUAUCAAAUCUCGGCGGCAAAUAAGAAAAAGAAAAUGGGAAGCACCGCAAGAUGACAAAGUUAUGGGAAAAAUAACAAAAGGUGAUGUUCCAUGUCGAAUUCAAUGCCCAGAUUGUCCACUUAAAUUAAAUCGACCAGUUUUUCUCAUCAAACAUAUGCAAAGAGUUCAUAAUAAAACAGUAUUCGGAUGUUUUGUUGAAACUGGCGGUUUGCCAACAUUUCGAAUUGAUGUUGAAGAAGAUGCAAUUUAUUGGACAUGUUGUAAUAUCAAAUAUAUGGAUAGACAAGAAUUCAUUAGACAUCGAAGAUGUCAUAUUCCUGGUUCACCAGCUGCUGAAAUUGAUGAGGAAAUAGUUGAAGGAACAAGUUCGCAAGGUGUUGAAGUUGAUGGGGAAAACUUUGAAGGAGAAUUGGUACAAGGACCAGAUGGAACUAUGCAAGUUAUUAUACCUGAAGGAAUGGAGAUUAAUGGAGAUGUUUAUGUGAUGUUUGAUAAUGAUUAUGAUGGAAAUGGAGAAACAUCAAAUGGUGGAGAGAAAGAACAUGCAAAGACUGGAAAGGUUUGUUGAUUUGAUUUUUUGAAAUUCUGAAAUUGUCACUUCAAAACCAAUAAUUUCUAGAAAAUCUGGUUUUUUUUACAUUUUUCACCAAAAACAUCUCAAAAAAUCCCCGUGUUUUUUGUAGGUCCGAAUUGUUCACGCUCAUCAACGAAAUCCAAGAGAAGAAGUUUCCGAAGAACAUGUCGAAGGAAUAAUUGAUCAAGGAGAAGAUGAAGAUGGUCGAGAAGUAAUUACACUAACUCAGGAACAAUUUGAUCAAUUACAAAUGGAAAUGGGAGACGAAUGGAAUAAUAUGGAAAUUGUGCUGGUUAAUUCAGAUGGUCAAAUUAUUGAGGAUGAAAAUCGAAAGUCAAAUGAGCCUGAAAUCAAUGGCCAGCCACUUUUUGAUUAA